AUGGCUCUUUGCAAGGCCUGGCUGUGGCUCCUGGUCCUCGGGAUCUCAGGGUGCCUGGCCGUGAGAAUCCCUUGGUCCACCGUUCGGAAGAACUCGCCCACGGGUUGGCAGCCGGAGCCUUUAGAGUUCCUCAGCGACCUCCACUCCAACCCUUUCAUUUUUCCGUUUGAGCAGUGCUUCCCGCCUGAGAGUCCGGCGACCUUCGUCCGCUGCUGCAACGCCCACCGGCGCCACCAGCUGCCAAACCGGGAUUGCUGGGGGAGGCCGUUGCUGCAGGGGGCCCAAGCCAAAUACCUCCAGAGCCUGCAUAAGCUUAGACAGUCCGAACCUCUUCAGAAGGGGGGAGAUGCGCAGUCGGAAGCCGACUGGAUUUUGCAAGAAGUAAGCCGGCACUGUUCAUCUGGCGAGUGCCACCAGCAGCAUGCGCCCUACAACAGCUUGCAGUUCUUGGAAGAGUUGAGUCGGUCGUUUUUCAACCUUCUCCAGGUGACCGAUCUAGAGCAGGACGCGCGACUGGAGCAUCCUGGUCCUGCAGAGUACAAGAGAUGGCGGAGCUGGCAAAAUCGGAGCCUUACAAAUCCUCUAGACUGCUGCGGCCUUGAGAUAGAGACGCUAGCAAGAAGCCCCGUGCUUCGCCCAAGGCCUUUCUUGGACGAGUAUUAUGAGCAGAAGUGGCCUCCAGCAUUGACGGAGAUGAACAGAGUCGAGCGAGAUCUAUUUUCAUGCCAGGGUGUACUUGUCGAAAUCGCCCUUCACGAGCUGGUGGUUUUGUACAUACACUCGGGGUCACCCGCGUUCAUUCUGCGCGAACGGAAGAGUUUGCCUCCCAGGGCUCGAAGGAGGUACCUGAAGUGGAGUGAACGGUGUGCCUACCACUACAGCAAGUUCGAUCGCUUGCGCUUUUGGGCACAGAGCUUGCUUGACUUUACGACCAGUCGGGUACAGGUGGAGCCAAGGCAGGACCAACUUUUUGUAGAUGUGCUGCCUGCAAACAGCACGGUUUAUCCAGAGGGGCGCGCAGCAGUCAAGCAAUUCGGCAUUCUCGUGAGCUGCACUCAGCAGACGCAAGCUUUCUGCCGCUUACCGGUGGGCCUGUGGCAAUGCUAUGCAAGAAAGCACUCGCACAACACCGAGGUUUGGUAUCGGGAGCAGAUCUUUGAUUUCAACAGCGCAGCAGCACUCAGAUGCUUUCUGGGGUCACGUCCGACGGGCUCAGCACGUGAACAAGGCGUAGAAUUUACAGGCCUGGAUCGUGGCGACAAUGAAACGAGGUCCUUUUACUCUUGGCGCACAUCCUUUAACUCACUUCCAUUUAGUAGCAUGUGCUUACUCUAUCAUGAGGCUCUGCAUGACAAGUGGCGUACGAAACGGAUGGCGGCGGAUGUGUUUGCGGGAUAUGAGUGGCAUCUUCUGGUGGAUGGUGGGGACGUCACUGUCGGGCCCGACUGUUUCAACGAGAAUCUGGAGAAGAUGAUUUCGACAGUGCCAGACGAAGCCAGCAUCGUUGUGAAGGAUCCGAGUGAGCUUGAAGAUAGCAACGGAGGAGUGGUGCUGGUCCGACGGUCGCCUUUGGGGAAACUUUUUCUGGACUUGAUGCUGGAUAAGAUCAGCUGGCCAAUGCAACUAAUAGGAAGCGGCUGCUAUUUCGAUCAGCCCAGUAUGAAUGAAGCUCUUUUGGAGAUACUCGCGUGGGAGACGGGGGCUGAGUAUAAUUCAGAUUGCUUGCCGCACAUGUUCAUUGAGCCUGUGGGGGAUGGCCACUUUCAGUGUAACUACCUUGCUCACCUGUUGUGUUUCAAGUCUCAUCUGCGGCGCAUGGCAGGCCCCUUUGGAAAUCGUAGCAGCCGCAAGGUCUUCUUCCUGCCGCCCCACGCAGCGGCAGACAUGAAUUUCCGGCCCUUUGGCAAUGUGCCAGACGGGGCGAUCACCGACGACCUUGCUUCCUUUCGGUGGAGGCCAUUCCUGUGGCACUGGGUGAACUACGGGGCCAAGCGCAAAGUAAUGCUGCAACACCAUGGCCUUGCAGAAGAUGCCGAGGCAUCUCUUCCACCGUAUCCGCCUCAUGACCAGCGGAAGGAAGCUUCGGCAUGGCGCAAGUUUUCUGAGCUGGAGGCGCAAUGGUGCCAGCGCAACCUUGCCAGCAGUCCGUCGGUAUUUCGCAAAUAUGACCCAAUAGAUUACGAGGAGAAGAUACGUAUGCUGGUCUUCGUCCUCCCCGAGCCCGGCCCCUUGAGCAACUGCAAGCGCUUCACGGCGGGCGGCGAUGUCAUGGACAAAGGACAGACAAAAUACUCGGCGAAACACAACGGUCUAUCACCCAUGCAACCAGACGUGGAGGAAGAGCUGAGCUCCCUUUUGGCCAGCGAGGGAGGCUCAGUCGGCUCAGUGCGAGAAUUUGGAGAAGCAGCGUUUACCAGGCCUCGCAGCUGCGCGCUUGGCACCAGCGUAGUUCUACUUCUACUGGGCUUCGUGGGCGUGUGGGCUCAUCACAGCGCGCCCAGCGCGCUCCGCUCGGGUGCCCUGCAAAGUGGUGCCUCGAUGCUGGCGGAGGCUCCGACAGCUCCGACCCUGAAGCCGUGGGAUUGCAACACCGGAUUUCCGAUACAGCUCAGAGGAGACAUAAGUAUGCAAUCUUGGGACUUGGAUACCCUUGACGUGCCUUCUGGCAAGUACCAGAGAUUGGCAUCGAUGAAAAGGAUCCCCAACAUUAUCCAGCUCAAUGCUUGCGCAACUUGA